UACUUGAACGAUGAAACCUCGUUUGCCGAGUAUAACAGAAAAAUUGGCAGUUUCAAAGCAAACGCGCGCUAUCAACGCGUUGCUUGAGUUAUUUUAGUGCGCGUACAACCUACGAAAAGAACAGGCAGCAUACGAUCGCUGCCAGCUGCCAGUGUUGGAGGAACGCGCGAGCAUUGCGCGCGCGUCGCAUCGCCCAACCGAUCGGACGCGGAGCGAAUCUGGACAAAUCGGUGACCAGUUCUAAAAUGUCGUUAACUCUUCUACCGAAGACCGGCGGAAGACUAUUUUGUGUUCUGUGAUUAAACAAAAUGCCAGAGUGCCCCGAACCGUUCCCCUUCUCUAUACCCAUCAUAAGGUAUACGAUGGAUCCCGAGGACAGAUCUCCGAGUGGCGAAAGGCAGCAGCCUUUGACGAAAAAGAUGUCCCUACUGACACCUGUCAAGAUCGAAACGCCCGACAGCGGUAGACGGCUAUCCGAACCUACCAGGUAUUACAUACCUCCGCAGUGCAAUAACAAACUAUCUCCAAGAAGUGCUAGAAAAAGAGACUCAAAAAGAAACUCCAAGUCUGAUUUGACAGCGGAUUUGCAGUACAAAGAGACGUUCGGACCUAAACCCUGUAAUUGUGAAGACUGCAGGUCAUCCAGUCCUCUGCCGCCAGGGUAUGGACCGCCGACUAUGUCGCCAGGGUACGAUCAGAUGAAGAAUUCCUUAUCAGAAGUGCCGUGGAAUGAGGAUUUUACUGAAGCGUCCAGUGAUGACCUUAGUUCGGAGUGGGAUUCGGACGUACCGGAGCCGGUAUCUCCACCACCUAAGCAGUCCGAAAGAUGGCGUAAGCUCCGUAACAUCGUGCAGUGGACGCCAUUCUUCCAGACAUACAAGAAGCAGCGAUACCCUUGGAUACAACUCGCUGGACACCAAGGGAACUUUAAGGCUGGGCCCGACCAAGGGACUAUACUGAAGAAACUAUGCCCUCAGGAAGAGCGAUGUUUUAAGUUGCUGAUGAAAGACAUCCUCCGGCCGUUUGUACCUGAAUAUAAAGGACAAGUGACUUGCGAAGAUGGAGAAUUGUACCUUCAACUUCAAGACCUCCUCAGUGACUUCGAUUCUCCAUGUGUUAUGGACUGCAAGAUUGGAGUUAGGACAUACUUGGAGGAAGAACUAGCGAAAGCUAAAGAGAAAACCAAAUUAAGAAAAGACAUGUAUGAGAAAAUGAUACAAGUUGACCCCAAGGCGCCAACAGAAGAAGAACAUAGAAGUAAAGGAGUGACGAAACCGAGAUACAUGAUUUGGAGGGAGACUAUAAGUUCCACGUCAACUCUGGGCUUCAGAAUAGACGGAGUCAAGAAAGCUGAUGGAACCAGUUCGAAAGACUUUAAAACUACGAAGACGAGGGAACAAAUCUUAGAAGCAUUUCAAGAUUUCACAAAUAGUUUUCCAAACGCUGUGCCGAGAUAUCUGGAAAGGCUGAAAAACAUUCGAGCAACUCUCAUAGAGUCGCACUUCUUCAAGACACACGAACUGAUCGGUAGUUCAUUGCUCUUCGUCCACGACAAAAGGAAAGCAUCCAUUUGGAUGAUCGACUUCGCAAAGACCGUUCCUGUACCUGAUAAUGUGACCAUCGAUCACAACUCUGUAUGGAAGGUCGGUAACCACGAAGAUGGAUAUCUGAUCGGUAUUAACAAUCUAAUAUCAAUCUUCGAAUCCCUGACGAAGGAUGACAAUGGAAACAUUGAUCAGUGCUAUUCAAACUUAAGUUUAGAUAAAAACGUUAGAAGAGACAGUUUAGCUACUUGAAACUUGAACACGUUUGACUUUGUGUGCAUUGUGUAUUAGAUUGGCAGUAGCAGGUACUACUGUAUGAGGACAGGUGACUAAACGGAUUGUAUCGAAGCGGUCACGACUUGGUGUAAAUAUCGUAAGACUGUUGUCUUGUUGUAAAAUGAUAUAGUUAAGUUUAUAUUGUACACCUUUUUGUAUUAACAAUAAGUGUUAAAAUACUCACGUUAAAGAGUAGCUUAAGGAGCCGUCACUUAAUUUUCUUAAAUGCAUAGUUAGUAUAUAAAAAGAACAAAUUAUUGCUUUAAUUUUAACUAAAUACGUAAAUAAUUCAGCAAAAUAC